UGAAAGGGGGGUUGUGUAACGUACCUUUUCCAAUCCCGGGCUGUAUAUGGAGAUUUGGGAUUCUUUAAACCGGCGCUACCUGGAUUUUAUUAAAAAGCUGGGAGCUCGGCGCGAGGAAAGCUGGCUUUUCCGGGGGCUGCGGGAGCCGGGCCGCGGGAGGGCGGAGGAGUUGGCGCGCCGAGCGCUCGGCCCGGGGAGCGGUUUUCUACCAAAAAAAGGAAAGGCGGUCAAAAAGUGUGAGGUGGCCACGGGAUGGCGGGCGGCAAGGGCGCAUAGCUGCGCCGGGAGCCGGGGCCACCACCGGAGGAGUCGCUGUUGCCGGAGCCCGGAGCUGGGAGCCCCGUCGCGCCAGACACCGUGUGCGCCAGCUCCACCGGGCCACCCGGAGGGGCCCCACCACCGGUUGUCCCUGCGCCCCGGGCCGCGGGCCCUACGCCGAGCGCAAGCCCCGCUGGCCGCCGCCAUGCCCGCCGCGGAGCCCCCGCCACCCGAGGACUCUGGGACUACGUCGAGGCCGAACUUUUAAGUCCCACUGAGCGAGGCCCGCGGGGCCGGGUGGGGGGGCUGGCCGCGGCACUCCCGCGGAGGAUGGAUGGCCGAGACUUCGGGCCCCAGCGGUCCGUGCACGGCCCCCCGCCACCGCUGUUGUCCGGCUUGGCCAUGGACAGCCACCGCGUGGGUGCGGCCACUGCCGGACGUUUGCCCGGCCCGCUGCCACCCGGGAAAUACAUGGCCGGCCUCAACCUCCACCCGCACCCGGGCGAGGCCUUCUUGGGCAGUUUUGUGGCCAGCGGGAUGGGGCCCUCGGCCUCAUCCCAGGGGAGCCCUGUAUCCCUGCCCUCUGACCUCUCGUUCCGCUCCCCCACGCCCAGCAAUCUGCCCAUGGUGCAGCUGUGGACCGCCCAUGCCCACGAAGGCUUCUCCCACCUGCCCAGCGGGCUGUACCCGUCCUACCUCCACCUGAACCACCUGGAGCCCCCCAGCAGCGGGAGCCCUCUCCUCAGCCAGCUGGGCCAGCCCGGCAUUUUUGAUACCCAGAAAGGUGAGGGGGCAGGAGUGGGUGGGACUGGGGGGUUUUGGUUCCUGUGAUGCUUCUCUGAGCCCCCCUCCAAUAUCCCAAGCAGUUCCCCCUCCCCUUUCUUUGGUGGGGAUUGAACCUGGGGCCUCUUCAAUGCCAACUUGAGGCAUACCCCCAACCUUUUUGUUUGUAGUUUGUUUUUCUGACAGGGUCUCUUGCCCUGACUAGUCUGGAACUCCUGAUUCUCCUGUCUUCAGCCUCCUGAGUAGUUGAGAUUACAGGCAUGCCCCACCAUGCCUGGUUGUAGCUUUGCUUUCUAAGACUCUGUCCUAAGAUGCCUUUUUGAGCCCCUCAGCCCCUCAGGGUCCCAUUGCUCAGUGGGUUUCCCAUGCACUCUCACUUGUUUAAGCCCCCUGGAAGGUGCUUUAAAACCACCCUGGGAGGCUCCUGUAAUCCUAGCUACUUGGGAGGCUGAGAUCAGGAGGAUCAAGAUUUGAG